AUGAUUACAGUCAACCAAGUGUUGCGCAAUGUAUGCCGUAACACUAGAUGUGUUAUUGCAAACAGGAAGUAUAGUGAACAACCUCAAGAGACACCUUUCUGUUUGGAAUUGUCUGAUACACAAAAAGAAUUUCGUGACUUAGCAAGAAAAUUUGCUCGAGAAGAAAUUAUACCUGUCGCUGCCGAAUAUGACAGGACUGGUCAGUACCCAUGGGACAUAAUAAAAAAAGCACACUCAAUUGGACUUCUCAAUGGCCAUAUUCCUGAACAUUGUGGUGGUAUGAACAUGUCUGUGAUGGAUGGGUGCUUGGUUGCUGAAGAACUGGGUUAUGGAUGCACUGGAAUUAAAACUGCUCUAGAAGCGAGUGGUUUGGGCCAAAUGCCAGUUAUAAUCGGUGGAAAUAAAGAACAACAAAAAAAAUACCUUGGAAGGCUAAUUGAAGAGCCUUUGGUAGCUGCUUAUGGUGUAACAGAACCUGGUGCUGGUUCAGACGUUAACGCUUUAAAAACGAAAGCCGUAAAAAAGGGCGACGAAUAUAUCAUUAAUGGACAAAAAAUGUGGAUAACCAAUGGUGGUGUGGCCAACUGGUAUUUUGUGUUAGCUCGUACUGAUAUGGACCCCAAAGCCCCGGCAAGUAAAGCAUUCACUGGUUUUAUUGUUGACGCGGAUACACCUGGACUUACACCUGGGCGAAAAGAAUUGAAUAUGGGGCAAAAAGCUUCAGACACUAGAGGAAUUACUUUUGAAGAUGUUCGAGUGCCCAAAGAAAAUGUGUUAACUGCUGAAGGCCAAGGCUUUAAAAUUGCAAUGUCAACAUUUGAUAAAACCAGGCCGCCAGUAGCUGCUGGAGCUGUUGGCUUAGCUCAAAGGGCAUUGGAUGAAGCUGCCAAGUAUUCGCUUGAAAGAAAAGCAUUUGGAGUGCCCAUCGCUAGACACCAAGCUGUUGCUUUUAUGUUAGCUGAUAUGGCUAUUGGUAUUGAGGGUGCUCGACUUACAUACAUGAAAGCUGCAUAUGAAGUUGAUCAAGGACGGCGCAAUUCUUAUUAUGCAUCGAUUUCAAAAGCUUAUGCUGCUGAUGUGGCAAAUAAAUGUGCUACUGAUGCUGUACAGAUAUUUGGCGGAAAUGGAUUCAACACAGAAUACCCAGUAGAAAAAUUAAUGAGAGACGCUAAAAUAUAUCAAAUUUAUGAAGGUACUGCUCAAAUCCAACGGUUGAUUAUUUCAAGGGACAUCAUUGAAAAAACCAAACAAAAUAUGUAA